CUGACAUGUUUCCUGAUGUGCAGCAGUCUUCAACACCAGUAAGGGGCUCAGUCUUCAGGCCCAGUAAGAGACCUCGUCUGGUGUUAGAUGAGGAAGAAGAAUCAGAAUUAAAUGUCGAACCCACCGAUUCCACAUAUAACCCAGAUUCUGUUGUUACUGAAGAAUCAGAAUUGGCGAUAGAUCCACAGCCCGACCACAGCGAUAACAAAUACAUUGUUUUUGAAAGCUGUCUUCGAGAGCUGUUUGUGUCCUGUCCAAUUUGUAAGACAAAGUGUGUUGUCCAGAGCAGACGAAGGGGGACUUUUGUUGCAUUCACCCAGCUUUGUGAAAAGUGUAACUACUACAGACAGUGGCAGAGCCAGCCCAUUGUAGGGAGUACCCCACUUGGAAACCUGCUAUUGUCUGCUGCAACGUAUUUUACCGGUGGAUCUUUUAAACAACUAGAGAAGAUUUUCAAGGCCAUGAAGCUCCAGAUGAUGCAUUUCGUAACUUUUAGGAUUCAUGCCAGGAAUUUCAUUGAGCCUACCAUAAUACACAAGUGGAACCAAGAUCAACUGAAUCUUAUAAGACAGCUGCAAGAGGGAGGAAAUGUUGCUGUGGCUGGAGAUAUGCGUGCUGACACGCCAGGACACUCAGCAAAAUUUGGCAGCUACACCAUUAUGCACAUGGAAACCAACAAAAUUCUGGAUCUUCAACUAGUUCAGAACAACGAGGUUGGUGGAAGUUAUCAUAUGGAAAAGGAGGGAUUGAAGCGUUGUCUCGAUAAGCUCGAGUCUAAUGGUUUAGCUGUUGACUACAUCGUCACCGAUCGCCAUCCGCAGAUUCAGAAAUACCUGAGGGACUGCAAUAUCACUCAGUUCUAUGACGUGUGGCACUUUGAGAAAGGUUUAUCUAAGAAACUUGACAAACUUUCAAAAAUGAAGGACUGUGAGGUGCUGAAAAAAUGGUUGCACAGCAUCAAAAACCAUGUUUACUGGAGUGCGAUUUCCUCUGAGUCUGGGCCAGAAAAGGUGGCGAAGUGGAAUUCACUGCAGAACCACAUCCAAAAUGUACAUGUUCAUGAGAACCACCUCUUCCCCAAGUGUGAACACCCAGACAAAGUUUCCAGGAAUCCAAAAAAAUGGAUCCAACCAGGUAUGACUGUAUAG